AUGUGUCUAGAGGCAAGAUGUCACGUCCGUGCGAAGAGGGCUCAUCAUCGUGAUCGAGGAUACGUCUAUGGUGGACGCGAGUUCGCUGUUCUUGACGAACGUGAUUCAGGUGGCAGAUUUGGAGAACGAUUUGGAUAUCCCCGAGGAGGUCGAGUUCGGCUUGAUAUGCCCCCGAUGGGCAGAGGACGAGACCCCAGGGUAGAUAUGCUUAACGGUGUGGGAAUGGGUGGUGUGUAUGGAGGCUUGCCUGGAGGAAUGGGCGGCGAUCUUGGCGGGCCUGGAGGUGGGCUUGGCGGCUUUGGUCCCUAUGGGCCAUUUGAUGGUGGAUUGGGCGGAGCACUUCCACCGGGCUUGGUAGGAGGAAUCGGGGUCGGAGUUGGCAUGGGUCACGGUCAUGGACUUCGUGGAGGACUCCAUCAGGAUGCAAGAGGAAUGAGAGGCAUGCCCUUCAUUCCAGGUAUGGAAGCACAACACAGAGGUCUUGGCGGCAUGAGAGGGAUGCCGGGCAUGGAAGGGCUCCACGGAGGGUUCGAUACUGGCUUGGUACUUGGUCUCGAAGAACGACUUAACGCAACGGGCCUUGGCGACCCGAGAGAUCAAUUUCUUCAACAGAUGCCGCGAUUUCCUGGAGGACAAUAUCCACCAGAGCAUCGCUUUCAUGGACAUCGACAUCAUGCUGCACAUGGCAGAGGACCACCUGCCGGCGAUUUUGGCAAUCAUGGAGCAGAACGUGACAGCCCGGAGCGUGAUUCCCGGCGAUCCACCCCGGAGGGACAUCACGACUCUGAUCCGGGACUCUCUCAAUAUGACCAUGAUCCUAUCUUACGCCAUAGGAAAUUUCAUGAGGCAAAAAUGCGUCGUGAGUGGGAAGAGGAUAGGAAUUAUCGCCAACCAUAUGUCGAGGACUAUCCUAGUCCAAGACGCAGUGAUGACAAUCUGCAACGUGGAGCUGGGAGGAAGUAG